AUGUCUAAUAACUUCUGCUCAGAAGUCCACAGCUCUUCUCUUAGGAACUCUAGUCCUGUUCCUGUCACCUCACCCAGCGGGCUCUGCUCCACUGAGAUGAGGUGUGGAGAUGCCCCUUGCUCUCCUACCAGCAGCCUGGGCAACAACACACCACGUGACAACUGCCAGGAGCCCUGCGGUGAACACAGCAGCUGCCAGUCAACCAGCUGCAAUAGGAGCUCUGAAUGCCCUGCGGUCUGCGAUCCGGUUACAUCAGGGAUGUCUGGAUCCCAGGAAGGAUCUAGCUGUCUUCCCGUCACAUCCCGCAGUCCCAGCUUUGGCCGUCCGACAUACUGUAGACAGCCUCUGAGCGGCUACGUGCCCAGUUACCUGUCCUAUGGCUGUCAACCCUUCGGCUAUCUGACCUAUGGCCGUCCGCCACUGCGAGGCCAGGCCUAUGGGUGCCAGCCUUUCAGCUGCAUACCCGACUGCUACCGGCCCCCAAGCUACACAUAUGGCAGCUUUCAACCAUACUCCUCUUCUCGGCGUUAUGCUUACGAAAGAAAAUGGUGA